AUGAGUCUUCUCGGCACGCAGGUCAAGUUCCCCGGGUCGUUCUGGGAAGGGCGAAAGUUCACCACGGAGGAUGGGCUGCUCAACGAGUUCGCCAUGAUGUGGGCGCUGCGCAACAAGUUCCCGCUGCACUACGUUCUCUUCAAGCAGACUGCGUGCCACCUGCCGCGCGAGGCCAACGUCGAGCAGAUCUUCUCUCGCGCUGGGCUGCUGGCAGACCCCAACCUCAACCCGGCCCACCUCGCUGUGCUGGUCAGGAUUGGCUUCAACAAGAAGGCCUUCGAGCCGGCAGUGGCAGCGAUCAAGGAGAAGUACUACGAGCUGUUCCGAGGCAAAGGGGGCGAGCACAAGGAGGGCUCCUCGGGCGCGGCCGGCCACUCGCAGCAUUGUUUUACAAUCCAAUACGAAUCCCAAUUGUCAAACUUGCGAAUCUACGUGCGUUGCAUGAUGGCCCCGCCGCGGACCGCGUCGUCAGAGGGCGUUGUGCUGAUCCCAGCCAUCGCCAAGAACAGCACGACUGGCUACAAGGGUGUGUCCUUCGACCGCAGCAAAAAGCGGUUCGUUGCGCGGGCGAGGGAUGGUGGCAAGGAUGUCUCCCUCGGCUACUUCGACACCGCCGAAGAGGCGGCCACCGCCUACGCUCGCUCAGAGUACGGCCACGCCGACGCCGCCAAGCUGCUGCAGCCCCGCGCUGCUCCCACUGCCGAUGGCCUCGAGGCGAUACGGCAGGCGGAGAGGGAGGGCCUGACUCUGGCCACCAGCGGCAACAACAGCACAGGCUACAAAGGCGUGACCUUCUGCCCGAAGGAGCAAGGCCGCAAGAAGUACAAGCUGCAGGCGUGGGAUGGCGGCAAGAAUAUCAGCCUCGGCAUGUUCGCCACCGCCGAGCAGGCGGCGCUCUUCAGCGCCCGCAGGGAGGCGGGCAGGGACACCGCGCCGCCGCCGCUGUCCUCAACCUCUGCGGAGCUGCCAGUGUACGAGCUCAGCAUUCUGACGCCUGAGCAAAUGGCCGCCGUCCCGACAUAUAGUCCACCGUCCAAUUUGGACUAUAGUCGAGCGCGUCGGAGAGGUGUUUGGAGACAGGCUCAUGAUUAUGCGGCAGCCCUAGCGGCAGCGCCAACUUAUGGCAGCCCUAGCGGCAGCGCCAGUGCGCGCACAUAA